AGUUGACUUUGGUGGAAUCAGACAUUUCUGCUGCCUUUUCUUGAAUCUGUCAGGAGGUAUAAUGAGGAGAAAAGGAGAACUCUACCUCUUAUGUAUUUUCCUGGUUGUGGCUGCUGCUCUACCAGACAAGGAUGACUGGGACAUUUACAGCUUUCACAUCAACUCUACCGUGACCAGUCGAUUUGCCACCACCGUCAUCACAAGUCGUGUGGCCAAUCGAAAGGAUGAAUCAAAGGAAAUUGAAUUUCAUGUCCAGAUUCCCAAGAAUGCCUUCAUCAGUAAAUUCAGAAUGUUUAUUGAUGGUCAGGUGUAUGAUGGAAUUGUGAAAACUAAGGAGCAGGCUCAGCAGCAGUACACUGAUGCUGUGUCCCGUGGCCAAAGUGCUGGGAUUGUCAGCUCUGUAGGGAGAACGAUGGAGGAAUUUAAAACUUCAGUAAAUGUGGCAGCCCACAAAAAGGUGACCUUUGAGCUCACCUAUGAGGAACUGCUGAAACGCACACAUGGCAUAUAUGAGAUGCAGGUCCAUGCUCGACCUAUGAAGCCUGUCAAAGACUUCAAGCUUGACGUUUACAUCUAUGAGAAAGCUGGAAUCAGUUUCGUUGAUGUGAAAGGAGGACUGAGCACCAAAGCCCUGGCUAAUGCCAUCACCAAAACACAGACAGAUGAACAGGCUUGGGUGCAUUUUUAUCCAACUGAAGACCAACAAAAAUCCUGUGAAUAUUGUGGUGAGGAUGGUAUGAAUGGAGAUCUGGUCAUUGUUUAUGAUGUUAAACGAGACACAGGACUUGGAGAUAUCAAGUUGACUUCGGAUGGUUACUUUGUCCAUCACUUUGCUCCAACUAAUCUUACCAGAAUACCAAAGAACGUUGUAUUUGUUAUUGAUCAAAGUGGCUCAAUGAACGGCAAGAAGAUGGAACAGACCCGAACAGCUUUACUGCAUAUUUUGAAUGACCUGGCAGAAAAUGACUUCUUUGGUCUUAUCACUUUUGACAGUGAAAUAUUUCACUGGAAACGAGAACUUGUUCAAGCCACAAGUGAAAAUCUGCACUUAGCCAAAGAAUUUGCACGUAAUAUUGUAGAUAGAGGAGCUACCGACAUUAACGGAGCAAUUUUGGAAGGAGCUCGCAUGCUCAAUGCACACCCCAGAGAAGGUUCAGCCUCCAUUCUUAUUCUACUCACAGAUGGAGACCCAACCUCAGGUGUGACAAAUCCUCAACGUAUACAAUCCAAUGUAAAGCAAGCAAUUGCAGGGAAGUUUCCUCUCUAUUGUCUUGGUUUUGGGUUUGAUGUCAACUUUGAAUUCUUGGAGAAAAUGUCACUCCAGAACAGCGGUCUGGCAAGAAGGAUUUACCAAGACUCUGAUGCUGAUUUACAGCUGAAGGGUUUCUAUGAAGAAGUGGCCACUCCUCUGCUAACAGAUGUGACAAUGAUAUAUAUAGGUGGAACCAAUUUAACCCAGACUAAUUUUAGUCAGUUUUAUAAUGGCUCUGAGAUUGUGGUGGCCGGGAAGAUCAUUGAUAACAAUAUUGAAACCUUCAUUCCACAAGUUGUUGCCAUUUCAUCUGAAAGAAAAGUGAACUUUUCAAAAACAACUGGCUCAAUGGAUUCUUCUAAUGGAACAGUUUCUGAUGGAGUUCUUCAGAGGGUCUGGGCAUACCUGACUGUUAAACAACUUCUAGAGAAAGAGCUGCUUCUUUCUGGAUCUGAGAAACAAAAGGUGAAGGAUGAAGCAUUGCAGCUGUCCCUGAAGUACAGCUUUGUGACUCCACUUACAUCCAUGGUGGUGACUAAGCCUGAGGGGGAGAACACACAAAUCCUUCACAAACCAAAGGAGGGGAAAGCACCACAACUUCACGGUCUUUCUCUACCUCCUGGUCCUCCAGGAUAUCGAAGUUUUCCGAGUCUUAGAGUUGGAGGACAUGGACAUUCUGGACUUGGUAGAGUACUAAAACCAGAUAUGGCUCACGCUCCACCUGUUCAUCCUACCUAUUCCUCUUCCCGCACCAGAGGUGGGAACUGGGCUUUGCCUCCUCCUCGUUUUGCUCCUCACAAAUUUCUGCUGAAAAUGGAAAAUCAGUCUCAACCACUUUGCUUUGAAAUCAACAAAACGUUCAUUCUUUUACUAUUUCACCAUCCAAGCAAAGAAGUGCGUGUGAUUGGUAUGCUGGACGCAAUAACACAUGGGGGCUUCGGGACUAUUUUAAUCCAAGCUGGCUCUGAGGAAAUGGUUGCGUUUAAUCACCUUGGAGUUCUAGAUCGACGUGAUGGGCCUUUUGCACAGCAAACAACAAAUGACAAUUUCACAACUGGAAGAAUUAAGGUGAUCCGGCAACCGGACAAAGAAUUUCAUAUUACACUGGAAGACAUGCAUUUGGUCAUCUUUGUUCAUGAAAAAGAUGGUUACAAAUUCCUUUGGCCUGUCGUACACAGAAUGCCAAAUGCCAAUAACAUUGAAGGGAUUUUAGCGUUAAGCAUAACUUCCUAUGUGGAGGUGGAAUCGACCCCCCUAACAAAAUUAAGAAUCAGAGACAGAGAGGUCUAUGUAAACAGCUCUAGUGCAGCCGAUUAUAGCAUUACAGAGCCUGUGGAUAUAUCAUGCUGGCUUACCCCAACCGACGAUGUCUUGGAGAAACCAUUGCGGCAUUACAUCCUGUACGAUUUUCAGUGAGGGUCACUUUGAAUGAUUAAAAAAAAAAUUGUAACU